AUGGCAAGAGCCGCUGCAGCUUUUAAGGAUGCCGACUUUUUCGAGACGAGUGUUCUCUUCUGGUCUGCUCUCUUGGACACGACCCUCUUGAGUACUGAGACACCCGACUCACUGAUGGCCCUGGUCAACGGUCUCGAUCUGGAACAAGAGCUUGGACUCGACGUGCAGGCAGAGGAACCAAUUGACCUCGUGUUCCCAUUGUUAACCACUACUGGCAACGACGACGAAAACCUGAACCUGCAGGAGAGGAUUACCAUCAGCGAGGACACGAUUACCCCGCUCCAGACCUAUGUCCUGACCGCCCUCUGCUAUCUCUCACGCCACAUCAACAUCCGGCUCGACCUCCUCCCCUCUGGCCAAGAUACCCUUACUUCUCUCGGACCCCCUCAACGGUUAUACGGAUCUCUAGGAUGGGAUCAGAAGUACCUUUACCAUCAAUUCCUCGCCAUCGUCUUUGCUACACUCUCUUCCCUUAUGACCUCUCGACGUGCUGCAGUUGGUUAUGAGAUUCAGGAACAAGAACUUUUGGUUCAGCAGUCGACACUUUUGGGCAACCAGGCCACCUCUACCUGGCAAACAAUGUUGCCUCAAAAGCGAGCGCCCCACAGUAUGCCUCGGUUCUUUUCCUUCUUGGACCCAAGUUCUUCAACCGUCGCAGGAUGCUCGAUUCCCAGGAACGAGUUGGACAUCGAUGCAUUGGAGCAGGCAGGGUUCAGGCUCGUCAUCACGUUAAUCAGAGAGUCGCCUCUUUCCCCCAGCUGGUUUCGUCGCGAGGACCGGACGCCGAAGCGGAUCCAGAAUGCCUUUGUACCAAUAGAGAACCGAAAGGCGCCAGCAUUCCCAGAAGUGUUCGAGGUCCUGAUGGGGUGGUGUCUCCGCGCAGGAGAUGUGGCAGCGAUGGAGGGUCAACGUGCCUACGACAACGAUAACGACUCGAAUGAUGCAGACAGCGAGGAUCAUGGCGAGAGAUCUAUUACUGGACUGGCAUCUCCUCCACAUCGGCGGGCAACUCUGAUUCACUGUGGAGGCGGCAAGGGUCGAGCGGGGAUUGUAUUGGCAGCUCAUCUCAUCCGAUUUGGGCUCAUUGGUCAUGAGACACGGGGAUAUUGUGCAGCUUGCCUUCGGGAAAUCAACGUCCACCGCUUCGACCUAGACCUGUUCAAGAAGGGUCAUAGUGAUCCAACUACCGUUGCCUCAACACUUCCAACACCAUGCCACUCUAUUUCUGACGACCACGAGGACGAACUCAAUGGCGGCGAUGAGGACGAUCAUUCAGAGAAUACUCGCUUUGAGCGCGUGGACGGCGGUGUCUUCCGAGUGGUCAAGCGCGCCGAUUGUUUGAAUCGGUACGAGCCCAUGAUGACAGCCAAGGACGCGAUUGCACAUCUCCGGGAGAUUCGACCGGGCAGCAUUGAGAGUGUCGAGCAGGAGAAGGCUCUGAAGGCUUACGGCGACAUGCUUUGGAAGCGAUCAUCAUCGAAGGCGGCCCAGUCCAAGGCACGCGCCAGCGCACCAGCAACAAUGGCCGAAUUCACCCACACCACAUCAUCGAGCACAACAGCAUCUUCCAUGGACGGAUCUGAACGGCUCAAGUCCCACAAGAAGGAAAAGAAGAAGGACUCAACCUCAAAGUCACACCAACACAAUCCACCACCGCCACCACCACCAACUGAGGGGGAGGAAGGCGAUGACUUUUCCGACGACGACUUUGGUGGUAAGGGAAGAAAGGCUGGCAAGAAGGGCAAGAAGGGAUCGCGCAAGUUGCCACAGGAGGAACCACAGACAUUCACCCCACCGCCGGCGGACAAGAUUAUCAAGAUUCCCGGAUCACAUCACCAUCAGCACCACUUGGUCGUUCAGCAUAACAUCCGAGCCCGACAACUCCAGCGCGGUCAAAAGUCCAAGAAGAACAAGGGUGGAAACGGAAAGCAGCCGAGGGAGCGGCCGUCAUAUCAAGUUUCUGGGUCGCCACUCGUCUCUGCUCCCAAACUCAUCAUCUUGGCGGGAUUACCUGGCAGUGGCAAGAGUCACCUUGUCACAACGCUGUUGCAGGAGUUCCCGGAGCAUUUUGUCCGUAUCUCGCAGGAUGAACUUGGAUCUCGCGCCGUUUGUGAGAGACUCUUGGCUCAAAGUAUGAGACACCAGCAGCAGUCACUUGCCGUUCGUGGACCCAAGAAGGCCCUUCCCAUGACGAUCUUUGUCGACCGAUGUAACCCUACGAUGGCCGAGCGGAAGGAAUGGUACGAGGUCGCCUUCCAGCCGGAUGAUGUCGCGAUGGUUUGGUUCUCUCAGGGAGUCGAUGCCUGUAUUGCCCGAGUGGACUCGAGAGAGGGGCAUCCAACACUCGCCCAGGGUAUGGGAUCCAAGGUUGUCAGGGACUUUGCAAAGUCGUUCGAGUUUCCCAACCUCGGCAAGGAAGGGAGCUGGUGCAAGACUCUGAUCGAGAUUGGUGACGACGAGGGCAGCGAUCAGCUGUCGGCUGUCUUGGAGGGGUUCGCCAAGGAGAUUCAAGGAUCGAGUGCCAGGUCAACACCAGCAGGAGAGCAUACACCUAUCAAGGCUAGGCCGGCGUUUAUCCCUGCGAGGGUCCUGCAGCGAAAGACCAAUGGCGGUAAGAGUGCAGGAGGCGACUUCAACUCGGGAUCGUCUUCUCCCGUCUCCAAGUUGCCCGCUUCUAAAGGCAUGGCUAUUGUUGAGGAAGGUGAGGAGGAAGAAGAUGAGGAGGAUGAGAGCGAGGAUGAGGAUGAGGAGCACAGCCAGGAUGAUGAGGACGAAGAGGACACAGAUGACGACACGGAGUCUGGAGAUGAUGCCAGCAACGGAGCCAGCAGGAACGCAGACAAGGCUGGUACUAUUGAAAAGUCCGAUCCGAGAGCCGAGCCAGAACCAACUCCAGCAUCGACAGUCUCCAUCACCAAGGCGCUCCAGUUUGCCUCUCUGACAGGAUAUCGACCAGUCGUCAAGAAGCCUGCCAAGGGAAGCUGGAAUGGCACCGUCGGCUCCACCUCUGCCGGCGAUGACGCAGACAAAUUGCCGACAACCGACCCAGGAUCUCCCAAGGGAGUGUCAUUCGCCACACCUCUUUCGUCUUUUGACCGGCCAUUACAAAAGUUCCCAAGGACGCCUCACUUAUUCGACCCCUUGACGAUCCAACAGAGCUGGAAUCAAGGAACUGACCGGCUCUUGACAACAACGGCCCCAGCGUUGCAGGACUCUGAAUCGACUACAGGACGGAGCGCGGCUAUCAGUCGAUCCGAUUUGCUGCUGCCACCCUCCGCCCUUCACCAGGUCUUUGCACCCAAGCCACAUCAGGUCUUGACGGUUGAGGAGAAGAUGGACGGCGCCAACAUUGGGUUCAGUGUCCUGCAUUUCAAGACCAUGAACGGGUUCGCGGGCAUCUCGGAAUCGGGACCACCACCCAAGAUCCGUAUCCAGAAUAGGAACCACUUUGUGCACCCGGAUGAUCAUUGGCAGUUCAAGAAGCUGGGCGGUUGGUUAGAGAAGCAUCGGGAGGAAAUCCUCUAUCUCUGUGAGGGCCGCUGGCGGUACGACGACUCGAAGCCAGGAUCGCCCGAUAAUGGCGCAACGAACGGCGACGCAGAUGAUGAUGAUGAUGAUGACGAUGAUGGCGAUGAGACCAAGAGCGCUGUUACAGAGGAUGAAGGCGACCAGGACUGGGAGGAUGAGGAAGAGGACGACGAUGACCAGAACGAAUAUGUUGACGAGAACAAGGUCCUCCAGGAUGGUAUGGCGCCCUAUGUCCUCUAUGGCGAGUGGUUGUACGCGAAACACUCUGUCCAGUACACGGGACUUCAGUCGUGGUUCAUCCCCUUUGACCUGUUUGAUGUCAAAACCGGCACAUUUGUCUCGAGGGCUGUCUUCCGCAGAGCGAUCGGCAAGACCCACCUGGUGGCGAAUCCAAUGGUUGAAGUCCCUGAGGGUAUCUAUGGUGAUGUGGACAAGACUCUUACGUGGACUUUGGAGAAGCUGCACAGUAGGUCGUCGUUGAUGCGCGGAUCUGAGGAGGUGGGUAAGGAAGGAGAAGCAGACGCCAGGAAGGAUCGGGUCGAAGGAUUAUAUUUCAGGAUUGACCAAGGCGAUCGGUUGUUGAUGCGGUCUAAAGUCGUCCGGCCUGACUUUAUUGCAGGCGAGGAGCGGUGGGGCACAAAAGAGCAGGUCGCCAACCAGAUGGGUAUCCCUUCAUAUUCCGAGUACGAUGACCAGUAG